ACUGUCAAGUGCCAACUGAAAGAUAAAAUGGUUUUGCUUUCGCCCACAUAAUUUCCCAUUCCCGUUAUAAAACAGAGAAUUAGUCAUUUCUACAAUAAAAUAUACGCCGAAAUACAAAAUAGUGAUAUUUGUUCAAUAAAAAAAUGUCUCACCAAACUGGAAUUCAAGCUAAUGCAGAUUUAAAAAAGUAUUUUAGCAAAUGCAGAGAUGGGAAAAUUAGAGCUCUCAAAGUUAGCAUAGAAAAUGAACAAUUAACAUUGGCAAAACAUUAUCCAGUUAAGGGUACAUUUGAGCAAGAUUUUGAUAAGUAUAUCCCUACACUUAUUGUUGAAGAUCUGCCAUGUUAUAUUCUAUAUAGAUUUGAUACAACUAAUUCCUUAGGAUAUGAAUGGUUAUUGCUCAGUUGGUCUCCAGACGAGGCCCCAGUGAGACAUAAAAUGUUGUAUGCAUCUACAAAGGCCACACUCAAGCAGGAGUUUGGCUCUGCUCAUAUUAAAGAUGAAAUGCAUGCCACUAGCAAGGAUGAAGUGUGUCUGAAAGGUUAUAAAACCCAUGUUAGUGGAGUAAAUGCACCUGCACCUCUCACUGACAGGGAGGAGGCUUUGAGGGAGCUGCAGCAAAGUGGGCAGGAUCCCAACUAUGGCACAGAUUCAAGACAGUCAACUAUGGGCGGUAUUGCUUUCCCCAUCACCGAAUCAGCAAAACAGGGUAUUAUUGAUCUCCAACGUGGUUCCUACAAUUAUCUACAAUUUAAAAUAGAUUUAGAAGAAGAGAAAAUCUGUCUGUCGAAGGCGGCAGUGAUAGGUCUGACUGAGCUUCCAUCGCAAGUGCCGAGCGACGUCGCGCGGUACCACUUGUAUAUAUUCAAACACACACACGAGGGCGAUCAUAUGGAGAGUAUUGUUUUCAUUUAUUCAAUGCCCGGCUACAGCUGCAGUAUAAAGGAAAGAAUGAUGUAUUCGAGUUGUAAAGGCCAAUUCUUAGAAAUCAUUGAAAAACUCGGCGUUGUUGUUGACAAACGGCUAGAAAUAGACGACGGUAAGGAACUGACGGAGGAGUAUUUGUACGAUGAGAUCCACCCCAAGAGGAACCUCCACAGACCCGCGUUCGCCAAACCGAAGGGACCUCCGAACAGAGGAGCGAAGAGAAUCACGAAAACUCAAACCACACAAUAGUCAGUACAGAGAAAUAGAUUUUUUUAUAUUAACAAUACAUUUGUUUAUAAAAUGUAUGCGUUAUUUUUUUUAUAAUUCGUUUUAUUUUAUUAAUUUUAUUAAAUUCAUAACUUUUAUUCAAAUACACCAACGGUGCUUAUAAAACGUCAUAAUUUUACAUUUUUGUUUUUAAAUUCAUGAAAUUUGAUGGGAUAAAGCCUGAGCAAAAAAAUAAAAAUUAGUUUCUUUUUUCCGCAAUAAGGUGAGGAUUUUUAUUUGCCAAGCGCAGAUAGAGAAGCCGUGAUAGAUACUCGUGCUCAGCAGUGAGCCGAAUAUGAAUUGAUACUGAUGAUGAGAAAGAGAAGUGUAUAGACAGAGAGGUGCUUUCUUGUCUGCGGUUUAUUUAUAUGUAGUGGUCGAUUCAUGACGUUUUCUUAAUAUACAAUGAAGUUAUCGAUUUCAGUUGAUAAAAUCUCAAUAGUUUUAUCAAAUAAAGCAAUGAAUUAUCUUCUAACAAUACGGUAUUAUAGAUGUAAUUCACUAGUUAAAAUCUCACCAAAUUGAAAUUAUUAAUGAACAUCUCGGUUGUAUUAGAAAUUGACCAAUCUUUGUUGUUGUUCGAGCAAUAAAGUAAAUUGCUAAGCAGUAUUAUACCAAUUAGUGUUAUUGUGGUGACAGUUCGUUUCACUCUUGAAAUUUUGCCGCGUUUCACGAUAAUAGUAUGUAAGAACGUCAUAAGGCAACUGUCACCGUACCCAUGCUAUCUGAAAAAGACUAUUAAUUUCGGAAUAAUGUGCAAUAUAUGGGCACGAGAGUUGCCCAUCUUUUCAGUAGUAGUUAUUUUUAAAAUGAAAUUGUUAAUUAUGACAAUCAUACGUUUUACACUGUAUUAUUAUAGACAAUGUGUUCAAUAAUUACCAUUCAAUAAUAAAAUGUAAUUAUUUUAUUAUUAUAAAUUUAUAAUAAUUAUUUUAUUGGUUUCGAUUGACUGUAAUCAGUUUCUUUUCUAGCAUAAUACAGCUACGCUUUUCAAUAUGUAAUUAUGAUUAUUAAUCUUGUCAUAUUUUUAUUAUUAAAAAAUCUUACCAAAUUGAAUUUAAAUUCUAUAAAAAUAGAUUGUAAUUUAAUUAUGAAUGAACUUUUUUCAUUUAUUCUCUAGUAUAAAUAUUAAGUAAAUUUUUGCAAUAUAAAAUAAUAUUUUUAUUAUUAAUUAUUUUUAUAAUUAUCUUGCCAAUAUAAAAAAAAUCCUUAAACCAUGUAUCCUUUUACAAUUUGCAGAAAUAUUUUUACAUUACAUUUAAAUAGUGAAAUGUAUUUUUAUGAGCUGUUUGAUUACCUAAUUUAUGAAAAGAAUUAUUGUGUAGAAUAAAGUAGAGCAACGAUUGGGACACAGAAUCAAAUCUCAUAAAACGUUUAACUUAUGUAAAUCCAUACUUCCAUAUACUUAUAUCUUAAAUCACUAAGUUAGUCUGUCUGUGACAUUUUCACAGCUAAACCGCUUUUUUUUAUUUUCUGUGCCUACUUAUAUUGGAAUUAAUAUAAUUAAAAGCUAGAUCUAAUGGUGAAAAUAGGUGCAUUAAUCAUAAGAUAAAUAUAAAAUAUGAAUUUUUUAAACAAAUAAGGGGAUGAAAAUUUGUGUAAAAAUAUAGAUCAGUAUUCUGAAAAAUAAAUUAUGGUAUUAUAAAAAAUUCAUGUUCACUAUAAAUAAAACGUUGACUUAUAGAACAAAUGUAAGGUGUAAUGGACAAACAGCAAAUAUAGUCAGAAAUAACCUUAACUUAAUCUUGGGUAAAUCUAAGAUUUAUAUUAUAACUUCCUUUUUUCUCACGUUAUAUAUUAACUUAAAAAGCCUUAAAAUUUUAAUAAUAACUUGAUUAUAAAAUAAGUGAUUUGAUUCGGCGGCCUAAUCAACUCAUAAUAUUUGAGAUGCACAAAAGUAGGGUAUGUUAAAUUGUAGGUACCUAUAGAUAUGAAUUGAACAUUUCGUUAUAUUUUUGUAUUCCGUCAUAUCCUUUAUUAUAAUGGUAUGUAAUAAACGCUUUUGAUAUUUA